AUGAAUUGCCCCUCGCGGACAGAUGACACCCUUAAGAACCCGGCGUGGAACCAGAACCCACCACCGUUCAGUCCAGAUAUAACCACCUGUAACGACUUCAACGGCAUGGCUAACUCCCGGACACAUCGCAAGACGCCUGGUGCUGGGAAUGCAAUAGGGAGCGACACUAUAUCUGUCGAACCCAGACCCCCAAGUCUGCCAGAAUCGGAAUCUGGGGACGAGAAGUCCCCGGACGGCGAAGUGACCGCUGCUGGCUUCGGGGAUGAACCACCCCGAGAGCCAGCGGGUCACCUCGCCCUUGUGCAUGUGUUAAUCAAAUUCGGUCGCUUCGUUGGUCCUGGGUUUCUCAUUGCAGUCGCCUACAUCGACCCGGGCAACUAUGCCACCGACGUUGCCGCCGGUGCUGAUUUCAAAUAUGCAUUGCUUUUUAUAGUACUUCUAUCCAAUCUUUUUGCAAUUCUGCUGCAGUCGCUUUGCAUUAAGCUAGGUUCCGUCACGGGUCUCAAUCUGGCAGAAAAUUGUCGUGAGCAUCUCCCUCGUUGGAUAGUUUAUAUACUCUACUUUUUCGCCGAAGCCGCUAUCAUUGCGACCGAUAUCGCAGAGGUUAUCGGAUCGGCAAUUGCAUUGAACUUACUGGGGAAUAUCCCCUUAGUCGCUGGCUGUGCCAUCACUUUGGUGGAUGUCUUCUUCCUGCUGCUCUUCUGGCGUCCCAAUGGAUCCAUGUGGGGGUUGCGCCUGUUUGAGUUCUUCGUUAUGGGCCUUGUCCUUGCAGUUGUCAUUUGCUUCUGCAUUCAGCUGUCCUUGAUCCGAGAUCAAUCCGUUGGAGAGGUGUUUCGCGGAUAUCUCCCAUCCUCUGCUAUCGUUCAAUCAGAAGGACUUUAUCAAAGCUGUGGCAUUCUUGGCGCUACUGUCAUGCCCCAUUCCCUCUUCCUUGGCAGCGGAGUGGUACAAUCCCGCCUCAAGGACUUCGAUGUCACUACAGGGUACGUCGAAUCUACAGUGCCGCUGGGAAGCAAUGGCGGAGAAGUCGAAUAUCGACCAUCUAUUCAUGCGAUUCGCGGCUGUCUGAAGUACUCCAUCAUCGAGCUAGUACUGUCGCUUUUCACCUUCGCGCUCUUCGUCAACAGUGCAAUUCUUAUCGUUGCCGGAGCCGCCCUCUACAAUGUCCCCGGAGGUGAUUCGGCCGACCUUUUUGGUAUUCAUAAGUUGCUGUCAUCUUCUAUCUCACCAGGCGCUGGACUAGUGUUUGCCUUGGCGCUUCUGCUGUCAGGCCUCUCUGCCGGGAUUGUGUGUACCAUGGCCGGACAAAUGGUCAGCGAGGGGAUGUUGAGAUGGUCCAUCAAGCCUUGGCUCCGAAGACUGAUUACGAGAUCUAUCAGCAUUAUUCCCAGUAUCAUCAUUGCCGCCGCCGUGGGCAAGGAGGGGCUGGACAAAACACUAACUGCCAGCCAAGUCGUCUUGAGCGUCAUUCUUCCUUUCGUAUCUGCUCCUCUUAUCUGGUUUACUUGCUUCACCAAGUACAUGUCAGUUCCCGUCGAGCGAGAUAGCGAGGGCGAGGUACAAUUGGAGCAUGUCUCUAUGCGGAACAACAUAUUUGUCUCGAUCAUUGCCGUUUUAGUAUGGCUACUGAUGGCUGUGAUGAAUGUGGCUCUACUUGUCCUCGUGGGAUUGGGCAAGGCAAGUUGA